UGGCAAGCUGAUGCUGUCUAAACUUCCGGUUUUCGUAGUUGUCAAUAAACAGCGGUGGUUCAUGAAAUAUUUGGGGCGGUGCCAGUAAUCAAAAUAUCGCAUCUCAGCUCAGCCAACUUUUCGAGACGGAACGAAGAUGGCUAACACUCUGUUGUCCAAACUAGCACAGUUCAGAGAUCAAGAAGAAUUCAUCGAUGUGCGUUUACAAGUAAGCGACACCCUCUUUCCAGCUCAUCGUAUUGUACUCGCAGCAAAUAGCGACUAUUUUCAUGCCAUGUUUACGAAUGGAAUGAAGGAGUCGAAACAGGAAGUUAUUGAGCUGAAAGAACCGAGCAUUUCAUCUGAAGCUUUGCGUGUUCUGUUGAAUUCCAUCUACACUGGAGAACUCUGUGCUAACAAGGAAAACGUAUUUGAUGUACUCGCCGCCGCUAACCAUCUCCAGAUUACAAACAUUGUGCACCAAUGCUGUGAUUUCUUGAAUGUACAUUUCGUUCAAGAUAGGUUUGAUUUCCAACGUUAUUGUCAGUUGUCUGCAGUCGCCGAUAGACAUGGUUUGAAAGAAUUACAAGAAAAUUUACAGCAUAAGAUGGCUUCAAUUUAUAAGGAUGUCUGCGGCAGUGAAGCAUUCCUUUCCCAGAUUAACCCGGACCAAUUAUUGAGCCUUCUUGUUCGAGAUGACCUCAGCGCUCCAUCGGAGACAUUCGUCUUCAAAUCUGUGAUGCGUUGGAUAAAUCACCAUAAGGAGGAAAGGCUUCCAGUCGCUGCUAAAAUUAUUGAAGCGGUCCGUCUUGGCCUGGUGGAUGUUGGAGUGUUAAUUGAGGAGCUAAACACAGAGGAAAUCCAGAAAGUUCCAGAAAUACACAAAAUUUUGAUCGAUGCGUCUCUCUACUUCAAUGCGCCUUCUCAAAUGUCAAAGUUUGCAGAGAAAACAAAGCCACGAACUCCAGGCCAGGUAAGGAAAAGACUUUAUUUGUCUUCAUAUUUCCCUUGGUAAACGAAUCAAAGAUACGCAAAGGAUCAGAAAAUACAAAAGCACAAACUGAGUUUGAUUAUAUUGCACGUGAGAAAAAUUAAAUGCCAACUUUUCGCUCUCUGUAGCCUGCUCGGCCAGGCGUGGAGAGCGAGCAGUAGACCACGAGUAGUCCCCAUUUUUACUCAGGGAUAGUAGAGCGAGCGAAACGCUGCGGGGAGACAUUUUUCUCUUUCCCAGCCGCGUCUCGCAUAUCUCCCUUGGGAUGAUUUUCAGGGGCGCUCGCGUUUCGCUCGCUCUACUAUCCCUGAGGAGAAAUGGCGACCAUACAUAGUCUAUGUGAGCAGAGGCCCUUCGAUCUUUUUAUUUGAUAGGGCAGGGCCUUAAACUGAAGGGUCUCUGAUCGCAGGGUACGGCGCUAGGAACAUUUUGAUAUAAGCAACAGUGCCAACGGUGUUUUUUACAAAUAUCUUUGUGCUGUGAGCGCUUGAUAUUUUCAUGAUGCACAUAAAAAGGAAGUGAUUGUUGAUCGAAGUGUAUCUCUGUAAGCUUACCCUGCGUCCCAGACGUUUUUAAAAGGGAGGCAGGACGAAGAAAAAUGGGGAAGGAAAAAGAGAGCUUGGAUUUGCUGCUGUCCAUCCUUUCCCCGAGGUUUACCUUUCAACACUAAAUAAUACUAUUUUUGCCUUCGAAGUAUUUCAAGGUAAGCAGAUGGAGAAUAUCAUGAAAUAUUAAAGAUUCGCUUAAAGGUUUGUUGGCUAGAGCCAACCAAGGCUUACAUGAAUUCGUUUUGUAACAACCAUGAAUUUCUUAGCAGAUUACCAAAGUUUGCACGAGCGCUAAUCAAAUGAUUUACAUGCCAUUCCUUUUACCAAAGGACUUACUCUGUUUGACAACUAUUUCAAUAGCGUUACAGCGCGCCUGUGCAUUGCUGUUUAAUUAAUUUUUGACCAUCUCUUUGCACCUCGUAUAGGUUCUCGUAGCCAUAUUACCUAAAAGGUCCCAGGCCCAGUACUUUGAUGUGGAAACCAAACUCUGGAAGCCUUUACCUUCCAUGGCAGUUCUGCCUGGAGGAGAUCGUUGUGUUUGUACAGAGGUUGUUGGGAACAACUUGUACGUAGCUGUUAAUGACUGCGGAAGUAGCCAUGUUUACAGCUACAACAUUGACAAAAAUCUUUGGGAAAAGCUACCACGCCCCCUUGGUUCAAUAAACAGUUUGUGUAAGAUGAGUGACUUCUUGUAUGCAGUCAGUUCUGAUUGUAACACUUACCCGCAGAGGUAUAGCUUUGCUAAGCGCCAAUGGCAAAGUAUUAGUAGAGUAUGUUCAAUGGGCACGAAUCAAGAGAAUUUUGUCCGAGAACAGUAUCUGUUCGGUUUUUUUUUAGAUAAUGUUUGUUACAAUGGAGCAGCAGUGUUUGAUUCAAGGCUUAAUACAUUUUUUGAAUGCACUUACAGUAAAUUGGUUUACCAUUCCUACACUGGGAGACCAUUACCUCAUCCAGAAACAUGCACAGUUAAGCGAGCUGUGAGGCAGAGCUUUUCGGAGUCAAGCAAUUGGUGGAUCAUACUAAGAUCCAACGGAUUGAAUUCCUAUGGAUUUACCCCUUUUGUUGUAAACCAAAAACUUUACGCUGCGGGGGGAAGGGGAGCUGACAUCCCAGAUAGAGAACCUGCUCAUGUCUUUGUCUAUGACAAGAACAACGUCAAGUGGUCAGAUGUGAACCAAUAUCACAUUCCCCCAAACAACCUUGGGGCUGUUGAAAUAGAGGGUAAAGUGUAUUUCAUCAUUAACAAAUUUCUUGUCGACAGUGGUAUUAGAAUCCCAUCCACAGAGCUUUAUCCUGUUUGUUUGAGUGAUUGGGAGGGUCUUAGACACGUUAGCGCAAAUGCAGCCUUAUGUUAUCUUCCAUUGAAGGAGGGUAUGAAGGGCUGACAUCGCGAAAACGCAAAGCCGAGUAAUUUAUAGGCCAUCACUUAUAUACACAGUUGUAAUGAAAAAGCAUUUUUAAAUCAUUGCAAGUUGAAAAACCAGCUUAUCAUUAUUAUGGUAAAAAUAAGUUGGAAAAUGCACAACUACUACAGGCAAAAAAUAUCUCUGAAUGGCUCAGCAGAUAAGUAGAAUUUUAGACAAGAAAGAGAUGCAUCCACUGCCUAAUGCAGGAGACAGAGCAUCUGUUUUUAAGCCUCCUUUGACAGACAGCUCUUAUGUUUUGAAUAUUCUAACUCUUUGUUGAAGGGUUUAAAUCAGUAAAAUCAAACCGUUAUUCUUGCCCCCGUGGCUUUGAAAUACGCUACCUAUGAAUUUUAAGUUCCUUUAUUAUCAGAUUUUCUUGUAUCUUGUUUAUAACAAUCGGAACGAUAACAUGUAUUAACAGUUUACUGUAGCUAAGAAUGACUAUGCAUGAUUAUAUUCGUGGUACAUGCUUUUAGUAGGAGUGAUAUGGACAUCUAGUUUGUGAAUAAAUGAACAGUUCCCUAUGUUGGUGUGUAGUAUUUUAACCCCCUCCCUCGGUUCAACACCUUAGACAGUUUUCCUAUUUAUUUCAUAAGACUUUAUUCACCGUGACAUGGAAACAGGGCGAAAAGCAUUGCUUGUUGACAAUCCGUAGCCCGUAAAUUUCAACGUUUCACACGCAAAUUUGUGCAAAACUGCGAGGAUCAUUUCUUUUCAUAGCUUCAUACCCGCAGUUCAUAUUUUUUAACUUAUGUACGUCGCCUACGUGCAUUUAAAACUUAUUGAGUUGAUAAAAUUGAGUAAUUUCAUUUACUGCAUGCAAAGUAUCAAAAAUAGUGAACUUUUUUCUUCUGUUUGACUGCGCUUUACAGUAUAGAUUCAUUGCCAUUAGCAGAACAUCUUCUGUGUGAAUACUAGGAAUGGAUAAUCGAUGUCAUCGAGAAAAAACGGUGAAUUUCCCCCUCUCCCCCCCUUACAUUUUUUCCCUUUCCCCUCCCUUCUCGCCUCCUCGUAGCUCUAUACCCCAUCCGGCAUGGUGGAAAUAUAUUUUGUGCUGUCGCAGUGAGAAACCAAAAAAAAAGAUAGUUAAACGUCAAUUGGUAUUGAUUAUAGUUGAGCAUUGGUGCUUUCUUUGGGUGAUGGGAUUACGAAUUCACAAGCAAAUAAGAAAAGCGUUACGAGAGUCUGCUGGAAAUAAAUCUUUUCUUCUAGGUUUAAGCAAAGCAUACGAAGUAGUUUUAGAAUUUAUCCGUUUAACAGCUUAAAACUAGGAAAGUGUCGGCUUCACUUUUCAACUUGUAGUCCACCUCCACCCAUGCCUAGUCAAAAAUACUUUAUAACAGUACCAGCAACAGCGUGAAAGAACAAGUUUGGAUUUCUACUGAUGCAAACACUUCUGCUGAAUUUUAAAUAUAUAUUUACAGCACAAGAGAACAAAACACUGUCAUCUUUAUCGGUGAGGUUAAAUUUUGUUUCCAAAGUUAUUCCUCGAAUAAAAGCACUCGGUUACACUAGCAGAAAGGUUAAAAUCAAACUUAACAACAUCGCAAAAAGCCACUUAGAAGAAUCAAGGCGUUGCAUUCAAUAGGCAUAGACGAGCCACCCAAAUCUAUUAAGACCAUGGUUUGUGAUUUAAUAAACUAAUCGAGUGGAGAGUUCAUGAGCGGGGGAGCAACUGUGACUUGCGCAGGAGCAACCUUGACUUGCGCAGCCUCAGUUUUCAUUCUCUUCAUUUUUUCAGCUGGCUUGACUCCAGAGGAAACCGAGGUGUCUCGUCAGUCCUACGCUGGCCUGUUGUGGAGCAAGCAGUUCUAUCAUUACAUCAUUAAAGACUGGUUGACUGGUGACCCGGAGAUGCCGACCCCACCCCUUGAUAGGUUCAAUGGAAGGAACUCUGAAGCAGAGUGGAGACAGUUGUUUAACAGAGAUGUUGUAUCCAUGCCGGACAAGUGGGAGUAUCCCUGGGUAGAUUAAGUUCCCAUACUGUUAUUUCUUGCAAGUGUUGCAACGCCAGAAAGCGUGCUAUGCUUUUUUAGCUAAAAAUUUCUCUGUGGCAUCAUCUGCGCAGCGUCCUUAAAAUAUGUGAAAUAUUUCAGCUCUAAAAUGCGUUUUAGAAUCUUCAUCGUUUGUGCAAACGAAUAAAUGUCCAAAAUGGAAAAAAACCACCUUAUUUGAGUUGUCAAUGUAUUUAGCACUAAAUAGGGGCCACUCUUUUUACGUUUUCAUCUGGAGGCGGGACCGCCAUUUUACGUGGUCAUCUGAGCCACGCGAAGGCCUAGCCAUUUGCAGGGCAAAGUAAGUUAGUACCUUCAUUUCUCAGUUAUUUUAAGACCUUGAGUAUCGGUCCGGCCCCGGGAAUCGAACCCCAACCUCCCGCUUUGCAGUCUAGCGCUCUGCCGACUAAGCUAAUCCUGCCGCGGUUGGAAAAAAAACUUCAUCUUGUCAAUGGAAAAUGCAGUCUCCUGUUGAAAGCCAGAGACUGUCGUUGGAGAGGUGUAAUCAACUGUAAAGGUUUUGAUUCCAUUGGGAAGAUGUAUUUUUAGGCACGUCGAAACCCUAUCAUGCUUGUUUUUUUAUGCUUAAUGUUGCUUUCGAACCAAAGCGCACUUCUAAUCUCACUCCAACUCUUUCAGUACGCCACUUGGGACCUCGCUUUCCACAUGCUUCCCAUGAGCAAAAUAGACCCUCAGUUUGCAAAAGAUCAGUUAAUCCUAUUCCUUCGAGAGUGGUACAUGGCGCCAAAUGGCCAGAUGCCAGCUUAUGAGUUUGCCUUGGGUGAUGUGAACCCGCCUGUUCAUGCACUCGCAUGUCUUAUGGUCUACAAGAUGACGGGACGCAAAGGAGCACGGGAUGACGAAUUCCUGGCGCGCUGUUUUCAGAAACUGCUUAUUAAUUUCACUUGGUAAGGCAUAAAUGUCCAUUAUUAUUUAUUCAAAAUAUUUCUUCGUUGCUGAUUGACUAAAAACCCACGCGUUAUAUAUCAUAACCAGUUACUGCCGACCAAAUUUGGAAGAAUUUUGAGAUAUGUGAAAAAUGACGUCAAUUGUGCGGCUUAAUGGCCAGAAAACUGAACAGCUGGGGACGAGGUUGAGUUGUUUUGGUAGUGAGUACAAAAUGGCGGAAUAUUUAACUCGUUUCAUGAGGAAGAAAUGGACGAACUAUUGGCUAAAAACAUAACAGGAACAGGAGGAGAAGCGUGAAGAGGAAGUAAACCUUAUCAAGCUCUUGUGUUUCUUUUUCAUUUUCUUAGGUGGGUGAACCGGAAAGAUCCCUCUGGUAAGAACAUUUUUGGCGGGGGAUUUCUUGGUCUUGAUAACAUUGGUAAGGACACUUGCUCCAUCCUCUAGUCAAAUUGUGCUUAGACUUGAAUCGUACGUAACUUACUUAACUAGAUUUAUUAUUAAAGGUUGCUCUGUCUUUUUGUAGGAAUCUUUGAUCGGUCCAAGGAUUUGCCAAUCCACGCCUUGCUCUUACAGGUGCCAUUACUCAAUCUUUUUGUCAUCUUUCGGUAAUGUGACAUAUCCUACGUGUACUAAUUAAUCUGCUCUUUUUCUUUAAGGCUGAUGGUACAGCGUGGAUGGCGUUCUAUUGUGUGAUAAUGCUCAACAUCGCUUUAGAUCUCGCAAUGCAAGACGAUACCUACGAAGACAUGGCCUCUAAGUUCUUUGAGCACUUCACUCAAAUAUCAGAUGCUAUUAACCAAAUGUCUGACGGUGUGGGCUUGUGGGAUGAACAAGAUGGUUUUUACUACGACCAUCUUAGUACGGGCACUUGCUCUUUAGCAUUACGCGUACGCAGUAUGGUUGGCCUCGUUCCUCUUAUGGCUUGUCUUGUCCUUGAUGACGAGUACAUGAAAACACUUCCCGGAUUCAAGAAGCGGCUUGACUGGUUUAUGAAAAACAGGAAAGACUUAGCUUCUCAGGUUAGUGGCUCGAGUGUUAUGAAAAAAGUCCUGUAUUACAUGUUUACUGACAUAAAUAAGACCUUCAUGGAACUGUCGUUAGCGACCAUUUAAUGAAUCUAACAUGGAAAGCAUAAGUGUAUAAACUCACUACAUGUAUUUAGCAAAAACUAUAGAUGGCGACCCUCAGUACGAGUAGUUGAGUACGCUCGAGGAACCGUUUAAUUCGCCGCUUUCGCUCUCCAUAGUAACGUUUUCCAACGUAGCAGAAUAACCUGAGUGGUCCGCAGGUCAGGUCUAUGUUCUACGUUCUACUUUAACCACAUACGGAGUUGUAUCCCUCGGUUGUCCCGGACCAUACUUGUAAGUAGUAGGUAACUAGUUUUACCCCUACCAGGUGAAAUUCUAACUUGAGUUAUCGUUUCAGUAUAUUUGCUUGUUCCCUUUCCUCUUUGUGUUCUUUUUUUCUUCGUCUGUGUAUUGAUUCAUAGAUAAUAUUCCGUGGAAGGUUCCAAGCCAUGUCUGUUGGCAUGUGAUACAUAAAACAAAAACCGGAAGUCUAUUUUGAAUUACACAAAACAUGGCAGUCAACUGCUGUAAUUAAAAGUGUCACACAGCUUGGUCUCCGUGUUUUCCCGCCAUGCACCAGAAACUUAAAGUCCAAGCACAGUUCCUUCCCAACUGAUUUUCCCGCCAUUUUGUAGGUAUCGUACAUGGAAUCACAUGGCGAAAGCGAGUACCAUCAUUUACUGGCCAUUCCCACCAAAGACCAACUCGUCCGCGUGCUCAGUUAUAUGUUAGACGAAGAGGAAUUUCUGUCACCAUACGGCAUUCGUUCUCUGUCCAAGUUUCACGAGAAGAAUCCAUAUAAACUGGAGCUGAAUGGCGAAGUUUACAGUGUGCACUAUGUCCCAGGGGAGUCGGACACGUACAUGUUUGGCGGGAACAGCAACUGGCGUGGACCUAUCUGGGUUUGCAGUAAGUACCGACUGUAGUAUAAACCACCAAGUUUAAAGAAUUUUGUAGUGUUUGUACCGAAAGUUGCGCUCAUUCGUUGAAUGACAUUAGACGGACUGUGGCCUUGGAAACAAGAUCUCCAGAAGAAGCGAAUUUCGGCGCAAUAUGCGCCAACUGGUUGACGACCUUCGAACUAGUUAAAAAAGCACGUUUAUAUUGUUAUCAAUAAAGGUACACGUUUAUUAAUCGCAGCAGGGUUUAAUAAUAGUCAGUUUUUGUACAGCAAGUCUGCAGAGAGGCUGCAGGGCGGGAUAUCGCGCAUGGGUUCCAUUCUUCGCUUGGAAAAAUGCCCAGGGCCUUAAAAUCACCAAGGAAGAAGAUACCGCCUUUGAGACAUAUUGAUGACUAUUCGGGAGUGGUACUUGCUUAUUCUGGCAGCGCCAGGGGAAGUAGCAAUACUCCUAGGCUUGCUUCAUGCUACGGAAACCGGUAUAAGCUCCGGCCGUGUGGGCCUUUGGCUCGUGUGCGCCUUUACCUACCUUUGUUCCGGUCAAGUCGCUACAACUUAUCACCUUUCUCCAGCUUACAGCAUUACGUAAUCUAAUGGUCACUGAAUGAUGUGUUUGUUCUAUUUUCAGUGAACUACCUCCUCAUAGAGGCCCUACAACGCUACGACUAUUUCUUUGGUGACAAAUUGAUGAUCGAGUGCCCCACCCGGUCGGGAAAUCGCAUGCGCUUGCGUGAUGUUGCUCUUGAACUGAGCAGGCGCGUGGUGUCUUUGUUUCUGCCCAAUGAGAAUGGACGAAGGCCAUGCCACGGAGAUGAUGAGAGAUACGCCAAUGAUCCACACUGGAGCGAUCUGGUGUUGUUCUACGAGUACUUCCAUCCAGAAACAGGACGAGGGUGUGGUGCUAGGUAAGUAAUAAGGUUCCAAGCGUUUUAUGUUGUCUUACUAACCUCUUUUACCACAGAAAAAUUCAUUCACCGACUUUUCAAUAAUAACUACCACAUUGAACAAAAGGUCAGGUGUAUGGUCAGAUACAUGGUACCCCGAAAAAAUCGAUACCCUCAAUAGAUGUCAUUAUCAUGGUCUGCGAGUGUCACACUUCAAAUUCUCAUCCAUACUUUAGUACAAUUUAGAAUGACAUUAUUUGAUUUAACCUGAAUGUUGGGCGUGUUUAUUGUUACAUGGAACACGCACCAGCCAUAUGGCAUAACUACGCACCUUACUCCCCUCAUUCACCGUGCCAUGAAGUGGAGUGGGGGAGGGGUGGCGGUAUGUACACCAUUUAAUAACAAUGUUCACCUAAUUGUAUUUUCUUUCUUUCUCAUCAGUCACCAGACAGGAUGGACUGCCCUAGUCUGUCGUCUACUAGAAAAACUCGCCAAGAAUCGCUAACAAUGUACCAAUUGGGUUACUGAUCCCAUGAAGUUACAUCAUAGUUAACAAACUUACGCACUGACUUUACGUACUUUCCUUGAACGUACGGUGUUUAUACAUGUUAUAUAUUUAACUAAUCAUUAAUAGAUUUGUAAACAAACAAACAAACCAAAACAACGGUGGGGUUAUCGGUGAACGUUUGCGGUAGCCUGCGUAGCAUGACGGUUUGGGUUGGGCGCAAAGUAACAAAGGCGGGCGAGGGCAGAGAAACCGCGACGUCAUAGAUUUUUCACUGUUCCCCUCAGAGACUUCUGGCGCGAAUCAGUUUGUUCAUCGUUAGAAAUCAUUUGACUUCGAGGUAGCCGAUUAACGAGACCGCAAGAUGAAAGAACAAAUUCUAGCUGUUCAUCCAUUUCAGUGGAAUUCCUCCAUCCAAUGAUUUCUAAAAGUGUAUACACGCGCGGUUUUGUAUAUUUAACAUGUUGCAGUUAACAUGUGCAGCCCACUGUCACUUGGUGUUAUGUUUUUUUCGUUUAAAGAAGCGUGCAUAUAUCUUUUCCACGUGGAAUAUAUUUACGUAAAUUUAAGGGUUAAAAUAUUUUCAGGGUUUUCUAUGAGUCAUCUUAGGGUGUAAUAUUUUCUCCUGGUUUUCGCAGGUUUUUAUAAAAAGGUAUUUAUUUCCAAACAAACAAGUAGCUUCAGAUUCGCGUCGUAAACCGCGCAUUUUGUGGAGGAUUUUCAUUCACCUCUUGCAAAUUUUAAUUGUUUUAACGUAAGCUUUAUAAACUGAAGGUUAGACCCGAGAUAAUCUUUGAACCUAUUAAUUUGCACUGGCUAGUUACAAAGCUUGAUAAAUCAUGUUUGGUAAACAGAAAUGUUUACUAUGAUUAGCUUCUUCAGGUUUAUUUUAAAGUUUAUUUGUACAUAUUAAACGAGAAUAAAUUUGUGUUCAGUGUAACGUCUCCACUGCAUUCCUUACUUUAGACAGAAC